AUGGCUUUGAAGGACACCUUCAGCAUCGAAUGUUCUGGUUGGAUAGAUGAAGGUACAAAUAGGGAGCGGAACCUUACAAGAGACAAGAGAAAUGGCGAACCGCUCACUUAUCUAUAUGAAACUAUAACCAGAAGAAACCUGUCAACUGGGAUUCAGGACGUAAAAACUGAGCUGUUCCUAGGAGGAGAGAGCACAGUUACUGAUGUCCCUCUACAGCUAGGAGACCCAGCAUUUGAUUAUAAAGUCACUGUCAAAGUACGUCCAAUGGAGAAGGUCACCCCUAACUCCAGCUCUGACACCGGUGCAAUCGACUUACUAUUUGAAUCAUUUAAUAAAGAAUUCAAACGUACAGAUGCGGGUGGUAAUGACAUGGGGGUGGUGCGAUUGGUCAGUUCUGUCUCCUCCUAUAUUGUGGACUUCUCAGAGGGAGAUUCACCGGGAACAACAGAGGAAGAUAUUUUAUCAGGAAGAACCUCAAAGAUAACAACCCCCACGACCAGUAAAGUCACACGUCUGUAUCAAGAGAAAACAACUGAAAUGACCAAUAUCCUUUUAAAAACAGUCGAAUCUGACUCCGGCACUAAAAAACAAUUCAGUGCAACUGACGUACAGCAAAUCUCGUCUGCUUUGGAAAGUGUCACACGAAGCCCAGCCUACAUUACUACUGAGUCGGCGAAUGCAUCAACUUCAGUAACAAAGGUCAUGAUGGAGAGUGUGUUCAGAACAUCCCAGACCAAGCCAUUCCCUGUGGAAAGUCUUGAAAGCAUGAAGAGUGCUCUUUUCAGUGAGUAUAUUGUAAUGUCCUACAUGUUGUCCUUUUUGUAUCCAUUUCAGAUGUUAGAAGGUACUAUUAAGGUUUUGAAUAACAUUUUGACCUCUAUGCUGCCCACUACUGUGGAUGACAUUACGUCAAGGAUCACCUUAGACUCCAUCAUUGCUGAAUUGACCACGAAACAAAAACGAACACAAAGUCAUGCAGACCAUUCAGGGACAACACAGUCCCCCAUGACAACUGAAGAAAUACGAACAAAGGCUAAACUAUUGUACGAUAUCAGAAUUGAGAAACAAGAAAAGCAAAAACAACAGGCAGCAUUUGCAGAGAAUAAUAUAGCUAAAAUCGAAGAUGCGCUGAAAGAUAUGAAAAAGAUUCAAUUACUACAGCAAGAAGUUGGGGAAGGUGCUUCUCUUUUGUCCCAAGAUGGUCUAGAUGUCAGCACUGAGAAGGUUACUUUUGAAAGAAUCAUGAACAGAACGGAACAGUAUAUAAAAGGAAUACAGUUGGAUUUUGAAGCUGAAAGAAAUAACACGAACAGAGACGAGCAGACGAUACUUGAUAUUCAGGUUGUUGUCCAUGACAAGAACCCGUAUAUUUUUGGACAAUCUUAUGAAGCUUCUGCUGUGACAUCUAAUGUGACGUCAGUCGUUGUCAGUGGGGAUAUCAGACCAGAUGUAAAAUUCAUAAAUAAAAAUAUUAAACAGUAUCAGGAUCAUAGUCCAAAAAUGGAUCCCAAAGACCCGAAGAAAAUCAUUUAUAUCAAAUUCGAAAUGAAAAACGAGGGGGAUGCUGUAAUAGUUUAUAUCAGACCACACGGUAUGGUCCUUGAUGAUCGGAGUACCCAUAUAUUCUACAAUGUGUACCUGGGAGACGUGACGUUUCUUAGCUCUUCCUCAUUCGACUUUUUUGAGACGUUAAGUAUCAGCGACUGGACUCCAAAUUAUGGAUUCAAAACUUUUUUAAAACAAGGUUGUCGCAAAGGUUCAUGUUAUAUUGGCAUAGAACAAAUGGAAAUGAAGGACUACAGCUCUUCUGCUGUAAGAAACAGGCGAAAGCGUCAGGCAUCUGUUACAAACCCGAGCCCAUUGAACUCAACUUUGGAAUUUACAGUCGCCAAUUUCAGUUAUAUUAUCGUCACCACUGGAUGCAGACUUUGGGACGCCAAAGGAAAAUCUUGGGAUUCAGAUGGAUGCAAGGUUUUACCAAUGAGUAAUAUUAACGAAACAAUCUGCAGAUGCCCCGAUCCUUCAAAAGGGAGCAUUUUCGCCUCCACUUUUUACGUACCAUCCAACGAGAUCGAUUUCAACACUGUGUGGAAUAAAAUUGAUCUUUCAAAUGCAGCUGUUUACGGAACAGUGAUUGUUCUUCUGGUUGUUUACGCCAUAUCAGCGAUCCUUUUACGAAGAGAGGACAAAAAAGAUAUUGAAAGGUGGGCCAUCCAUUUCUAGGUGGACAGUGAUUCUUCCGAUGAUUAUUUCUACAUAAUAACCGUACACACUGGUCUCUGGCGCGGGGCAGGAACAAAGUCCGUGGUCAAUUUUGUCGUGGUGGGUGAGGAAAACGACUCCGGAGUAAGAAUCCUCAGCGACGGUGUAAAAGAAGGAUUUGACACUGGAAGUGUAAAGAAGUUCAUAAUGGGUACAAAAGAGCAACUUGGUGAAUUAACUUACCUACGUAUAUGGCAUGAUAACUCUGGUUCAGAGAAUUAUAAGAAUUGGUACCUCAACAAAAUUGUAGUCGACGAUCCUCAAACAAAUACCAGAUAUGUCUUCCUUUGCAAUCGAUGGCUGGCAUUGGAUCAAGACGAUGGUCAGGUGCACAGGGUUGUCCCGGUUUGUGGAAUGGAUAAUCUGCUGGCGUUCAAUACUCUUUUUGCCCAACAUGCAGUGUUUAAUUUAACAGAAAAUCACCUCUGGCUCUCCCUAAUGAUCCGUCCAGAAAGAAGUUCAUUCACAAGAGUUCAGCGGCUGUCAUGCGUGCUUGCUCUAUUAUUCUUAACAAUGAUUGCAAACGCAAUGUUCUUCAAAUCAUCCUCAGAGGAACAAAAUAGUAAUGAAGUCCAGAUUGGAUUUCUGCGGUUCUCCAUGUCAUCGGUUUAUGUGUCUAUGAUUGGCAUUGUUUUAACAACGCCUCCAAUCAUAUUUGUUACAAUGGUAUUCAAAAAAUGUAAACCGAAGGUUGAAAUAAAACACAAACACGUGAAAAAAGACCAAGAGCUUGACAAAAAAGUCAAAGAAAACAUGUACAUAGAAUUGAAAAAGAGAUGUUUUAAUGGAGAAGAUUUGUUCACCAACGACAAUCUCCCUUUACCACACUGGAUGGUCUAUGCUGCCUGGGUAGUCGUUUGGCUAGCUGUGAUAAUCUCGGCAUUUUUCCUAUUCCUGUAUAGUAUGGAGUGGGGCAAAUCAAAGGCUGAAGAAUGGCUCUCUUCUUUUUUCCUUUCAUUCGUUCAAUCCUUGAUUUGUGUUGAUACUUUAAAGGUUAUAAUAAUAGCAGUUUUACUUGCAAUGCUCGUUAAGCAACCCGCAGACGGUGAAACUCCGAAAAUGGAUUUAAACAAGCUGAAAGCGACAGCAUCUCAAUACAAUUCCGGGUCAGAGAGCAGUUACAUGGAUUUCGUGAAUGGGAUAUUUAACAAAUCAGAACCGCCGCUUCAGUCAGAUAUGGAAAACCUCAGACAGAGAAAUAAUCAAGAACUUAAAGCGCAGGAGGCACUGCUGAACCUCAUAUUUUAUACCAUCUUCCUGUUCGUUAUCUACAGUAUCAGCUACAUUCAGCGAGACCAUAGAGCCUUUUUCAUGAAGUCCAACGUAGAUAAUUACUUGGUUCGCCAUGGCAACGGACAGCUGGGCUUCUCAGGGAUCAACAAAACUGCAGACCUCUUCUCAUGGCUGAAUCAGACAUUCAUCCCCACCUUUUACCCUGAGAACCGUUACUCCGGUGCUUCCCUUGGAGUACAAGAUAAACAGUAUUUUGGGGAUCUAGCAAGUAUCCGAGUCGGACCGGGACGCCUCAGACAAGUCCGUAUGAAGAAAGGGGAAUGUGAUUACUAUAAAUUAUCAUGGCCGCGCUACUGUGUGAGUCACUAUAAUAUAUAUCAAGAGGACGAAAGUGAGUACUGCCUUGGUUGGAACCCGUUUAACGCUACUGUUUGUGACACUACCGAAUACAAAGGAAGAUUCGAAACAUCUGCUGCAUGGAGAUUUACAAAAUCUAUUGACAUCUGGGGUCUUCCAUUAACAGGCAAAUACAACACAUACGGAGGUGGGGGAUAUAUUCUAAACCUACCAAAAAGUAGAAUUAAGGCUCAACUCUUUUUGAAAGAACUCCAAGACUUCAACUGGAUUGACAGAGGAACACGUGCUAUUUUAUUGGAAUUUACUCUCUACAACCCCAAUGCUAAUCUGUUUACUUAUGUUACCUACAUAGCAGAAAUAACAGAAAUAGGUUGUUCCUUUACUUGGACUGACACAAAUCCAUUCAGACCGAUUGUUUCUCUGAAUGCCAUGGGGACUUUUGCUAUCAUUUGCUAUUGUGUUUACGUUUUGUACCAGCUAAUUGUCACAUUCAAUACACUUAAAGGGAUUCGAAGAGAUGGACUCUGUGAAUAUUAUAAGGUGGUCUGGAAUGUAGUGGAUACUGUAUGCUUGAUUCUUGGAUACAGUGCUAUCGCCAUCUUUAUUCUUAGACUAUCCUACACCAACCAUGCAAUGGGUCUAUAUUAUGAGUUACCUAAAGAAGAAAUGGAUUUCAUAAAUUUUUUUCAUAUUGUAGUGUGGGACAGGCUGUUUAAUGUCUUAAUGUCCAUACUCGUGUUUAUUGGAACAUUGAGAAUAUUAAGGAUCCUUGGAUAUAACCAGAAACUGAUGGAAGUUAUUACCGUAGUUACUAAUGCAGCUAAAGAAAUCAUUGGUUUCGGCGUUGUCUUUGGGAUGAUCUUUGGGGGAUAUGUCGAUCUCGGUUAUCUUAUUUUCGGACGCUCCCUUUACGAAUAUAGAAGCAUUUUCACUUCUUGGGGAACUCUUACUAACGCUUUAAUCGGCAAGAACAGUUUGGAUACCAUGAUCCAUGCAGCCCCACAUCUUGCACAAGUCUACUACUUUACAUACGUUUUCUGUGUCCUUUUCACGCUUAUAACCAUGUUUGCUGCCAUUCUGAACAAAAGUAUUACUAAGGUCAGAAAUGAUUCGACCAAACAAGGAGACAUGUUUGGCAUUAUUGAUAUGCUGACGAAGUCUUUUAAGAACAUCAUUGGUAUUGCUUACAAAACUGACAGAUCCUUGUCCAAGAAUGCUGAGGCAAAACAAAAAUACAUGCAAAGUAUUGGUAUAAAAGCUACGUUUGAUGCUCCAAACAUUCUGCGACUUGUUCGCACUGCUCUUGACGAAGUCAGCAGUGGAGAGAUGCUUGAUGUAGGUCAACAGGAUCACUCAACGACAACAGAUGUCAACCCAACAAGUCAGACAACAGUUAGCAUUUCUCAGGCUACUUCAGUGGAGGAUAUCGAAAUGAGUUCUCAAGGCUCCUAUGUAGAGAUUGAUAACUUUGACAGAUUGAACCGAUUUCUCACAGACAUUAAUUUAGAGCCGUUUAGUUUUCCUCAUUUACUCUGGCAAACCUUUCCAGCAAAGACCAAAAAUAUAUGUCAAAGGGACGCAGAAUAUGUUGGAAAGAGUUUCAUAAAUUCUGUUGGCAGUGAGAACAACAUUAAGAUUAAGGGAUUCCUUGAAGAAGUAGGCAAUUUGGAUCCAUUUAACAUCUUGCCAGCUGAGUGUGAUGAUACCACAAAAGCUCUCGUAAAGUCCUUUAAGAAAGCAAGUUCGUGGCAUAUAAGACAGCAGAUUUUAUCUGUACUUUCUGAGUUCAAAACUUACCAAGAAAUAAAAAUUCUCCUUCCUGGUACCAGUGAGUACAGCUACAUGUAUCUGUUGUAA